AUGGGAAUAAUAAGCAGUCGGAUGCCAUGGCGGCGCCGGGGAAGACAUGGCCCAGAACAGCCAGAGGCCGGUGGGGAGGAGGUGGCUGGGGCAGAUGCAGCAGCGGUUGACGAGGUGGAGGAAGACAGUGAAGAGGCCGGACCCUCCACCAGUCAGGGCGGAUUCAAACGGAAGACGGACUCAGGAGGGCCUCCCGCCGGGCGCCUCCGGAAGCGCGCCAGAGGUAUUUCAGGUUCCGUUUAUGAGAAACUCUUUCUCAGAGGGGAAGGCAGCGAUGUGCAGAUCUGUGCACUAGGAGAGGUAUGGAACUUGCACAAGGCCUACUUGUGCCAAUCGGGCUACUUCGCAAGCAUGUUCAGUGGUGCAUGGAGGGAAGCAACCAUGAAUACCAUAGACUUGCAGAUGCCUGACGAGAACAUUGAUCUUAACGCCCUGCACGAGGCUUUAGGUUCCCUGUACCAAAGCCCUGUGUACAUUCCAACCAGACAUGUAGUGUCCAUCCUGGCCACAGCCAGCAUGCUGCAGCUGGACAAGCUGAUUUGCCAGUGUGGGGAGGUCAUGAAGGAGACUGUCACUGUCUACACCGUAUGCAGUUACUACCAGUCUGCUGAGAGCUAUGGCCUCCCAAACAUCAGGACCAUAUGCCUCCAGUGGCUGCUGGACAAUCUGAUGACUCAUCGCAGUGAUGAGGUAUUACUGCGACAACUCAGCCCAGAUAUCAUGAAAGAGCUCAUUGCCUCUUCAGAGCUCUUAGUGAUGGAAGUGGAGAUGGAUGUGUAUGCCAUGCUGAAAAAGUGGAUGUACUUACAGCUGCAGCCGGAAUGGAGCGGCUCCCGCAGAGCCUUAUUGCCCGAUGCCAACCUGUGGCUUGCCAGGUCCAAUAGGGAGUCAGGAGGCAUCCCUUUCCUGGAAACCCAGGAGGGCAGAGCCUUCGUGCCAGUGUUCCAGCAUCUGCGCCUGGCCUACAUCAUCUGUGACCUGCAGUCAGCACGCAUCAUUGACCAGGAUGCGCUGAUCCCGGCCGCAUGGCUAACCCCGGUAUACAAAGAGCAGUGGCUUGCUCUGGUCAAGGCCGAGCAAAGCAAGGGGGUUGGGCCCACUGACAUCUCUGUGCCCAACUUACCCGGGAACAGCAUGCGGUGUGGGCACCAUCUCUCUAAGGAAGUGCGGUGCAGCUGGCGGUGGGUCGGCUUCAACUUUGGCUGGGACCUGGUGGUGUGCUACACCAACCGGCGCAUCAUCUUCAAGCGCAGCGCCAAGAACAAGCCCCAUGGCCUCGGGGUCAGCUUCCUGUGGCAGAGAAAGGUCGCUUUCCGCCUGUGUGUGGUUUCCUUGGACACCACUGGAAAAGCCACCUUCAGGAAGAGCACAGAAUACCAGGUGCUUUCCCUGGGAAGAGAUGAAGAACUGGAGGUAAUGAGCCUGGAGAACCAGGAUGUGGUCUUCCCCAUUUAUGUGGCCUGUAACUUCCUGUACAUCCCCAGAGAGGGGUGUGGCCCAGAGUGA